CAACUUCAAUAUGAGUCACUAUAAUAAGGGCCUCAAUCCAUAAUCAAGAACCCUGUGUCGGACCGGUUUGGAACCAAUCACAGGGCAAUCAGUACAGCCUUAUUAGCAGGCAACAUUUGCCUGGAUUUCGCACUUGGCAGCCUCGUUCUUUCUUAUUUAUUCUUUCCAUACAUAUCCAGUGAGUCAUAGACAAGCUAGCUGGUAUACUCCAACGCAAUCUUCAAAGCCACGCUCAAACAAAGCAAAAUAGAUGGCCGUCACAUCCUAAACAUCAGCGAUGCAGUUGGUCCCAGCAUCCUUGACUAGGUCCGGAUAAUAUCGAAAGCCGAGAGACUCCUUCUCUUAUCCUUCUUUGAGGGGUAACAUUCCGAAAUCUUUCCGUAACAUCAUCAUGGAAACACCAAACAGUAUGCCAGAGAGGCAUAUAGUCUCAAUUUCCCAACUCCCUGAUGCGACCAAACGAGAAAUGGACUUUCUUGAGUCCUCGUUUUUCCAAAAUCCCAACCACCGCCUCCCGACUCCAGCGCAAGUGAAAGCAUUGUCAACCGACAUCUCCACAACCCCUAAACCAGAGCCCAUCAUUUUCGAAAACCCCAAUAUAUUCGUCAAAUUUGGCCUUUAUGUUACUAUCGCAGAAGCGCAAUGUCUCUGGAUGAUCAGACAAGUCUUCCGCGGCAAGAUUCCUGUUCCUGAGCUUUUUGGAUGGCGAAUCGACGAUGAAGGCCACGUAUUUAUUUAUAUGGAACUCAUUCAGGGGAAGAGGCUGGCAGAUCGCUGGGAUGGAUUGGAUAGUGUGGAUAAAGGGGUUCUUCGUGAUCAACUGUGUGACAUUGUCGGUUGCUUACGCCAACUUGAGCAGGAUCCCUCUGAUAAGUUCAUCGGGUCUAUAAACCGACAACCACCUCUAGACUAUGUCUUCGAAUUACAACCAGGAGGCCGUCCAUUCCUCAGCGUCAAAGACUUCAACGAUUGGUUUGCCUCAUUAGUCCAGCAGAGACUUCUUCCAUCACUAAAAUGCAAAGACCCGUAUAGGCACAUAUUGCCAGAUGAUGGGGCGAUCAAGUUUACGCAUGCAGACCUUCACCGGGCGAAUAUUAUGGUAUCCUCAGAUUCUCCAAUUCGUAUUCUGGGUAUUGUGGAUUGGGAGCAGUCAGGCUGGUAUCCAGAUUUUUGGGAAUAUUGCAAGGCGCAUUACACUUGUUGGUGUGAGGAUGAAUGGCGUGUAGACUUUUUUGACAAGUUCUUAUUACCACGGAUGGACGAAUUUUUGGUGUUUUCAGAAUACACUAUGUCGAUAGGUGCAGUUUAAAUAGAGGCAUAUUUCUGCGAUUGAGUCAUAG